UGCUGGAGAGUUGUGUAAUGCCAUGAAGGAGAAAUAUCCUCAGAUAGGAACGGCAGUUGAAAUCCACAGUGAGUCUCUUGAUAGGGAAGGGUCUGCUGGGACAGUGGACAGGGAGUCAUCUAAGGAUCUGGAGUUGAAGGCUAAAGAGCUGUGGUGCACCCUGGAGGAUGACGAGGGGAGGGGAGGAGGAGUGGUACGAGGGGAGUUUGACUGUCAUCGCUACCAGCAGGGCGACCUGCACCUGUGGCCAUCAGAGAAUGACCAGUGGGCCUCCCCGGAGAGCAGAAAUCAGGAAGCAGAACUUGGUUCAGAAUUCUUUUCAGGUUUUGGAAAAGCCUGGGAGGAGAGGGAACAGCUAAUUGUGGGGCGGGAAUUCUGGGAGGCUGAGGAGAAUGAUGAACUGGCUGGGAGCGAGCCUCAUCCAGCCAUCCUCCAAGAAAGCAAAGAUACUUGUAAUGAUGAAACACAGGGACAGGCAGCCUACCUGGACAUCGAAGAUGAGUCCUCCCAGAAACAGGCUCUUGCCAUUAACAUUCAUGGCCAACAAGUUUCUCAGACAAUAGAUGUGCAGCAAGAGGAAAAUAUUGAAAAUCCAGACAGCUUUGACAAUGAAGAUGAGCACCAUCUUGAAAGUGAUCAACAAGUGGUUGAGCUUGAAAACCUAGAAGUUCCAGAGCAAGAGACCUUUGUAAGAGGAAUGGAGACGUUCACAUUACUAAGUGUGAUGGGCGGAGACAGUGAAAUUCAAACUGUAUCUUUACUAGAAAACUUGGAAGGAGACAUUGCUGAAGAAGAGGUGAAUCAGAACUUCAACAGAUUGAAACAUCUCAGUGAAGUCCAAAUGGAAGAAGGGGCAACGAUAGGAAAUAAUCUAGAGAAAGAACAGCACUUGGAAGGAGACAAACAUGUUGCUCCCACAGUAAAGAGUAUUCAUUUGGGUGUAUCUAUCUGCAUCACUGGAACACCUCAGGCGGAGAUGUCAAGAUUGGAAGAAACUGAGCCAAGCUUACCAAUCGAAGAAGCUGACGUUACUUGCCAGCUUGUUGGGGAAGGAAGAGGAGAGAUAGUAUAUAUUGUAAAUACAUCCAAGGAUUUGAGCGGUGUACCCCUUCUUUCAGAACCUGUGUCUUGUCCCAAUGAUUUGGAAGAGGCAGCCUCAUGCGUGGACCUGUCCGGUCCACGUGUAGAAAACUUUCAGUUCAGUUCUGUAGACUUUCCUAGCCCUCCUCCUAGCAUAGACCUUGACAUGCAAGAAGAUAGGCUGCACGGUUUGGAUGAUUCUUUUCCUAGUCCCCCGCCUUCUGUUGUGGAAUUAGAGGAUGAUAGCAGUUUAAUAAACCUUUAUGAUUUAAAGUCUGAUUUCCUUCCCGGUGCUGAAAGCAACCCACCAAUGCCCCCUACUCCUCAAACUGAUAUUCCAGAGCCGCCCCCAUUACCACCUACCACAACCCACAGUAGAGGGAUCUCUGCAAACCUUACCCUUUCACCAAUGCGUCCAACCCUUCCAGUAUUCUUAGAUGAAAUCCAGAGCCAGAGCUUCCUCAUGUCCAACAUUGUGUCAGAGGAUGACAGAAAUAACCUGUCCCAGAAAAGCACCACCACCCUGCCGUCAUUCCCCCAUAGUCCCCUCAACUCUAUCCCAGAGCUGUUGAUCUCUGAGUGGAAGGAUUUGGACGAGGAGCCCCUCGAGGAUUUUGAGAAACUGGAGCAACUAUGCUGCAUAUCCGGAGAUGAGGAAGAAACCCUGAGUGACCUCUUCCUAGGGAAUCUGGAGCUGCUGGAGUCUUUAAAGAAGACACCUGAGCAGAAAGCUAAGGGUUCUGGGGAGAAUGAUAAAGGGGAUAAGAUAUGUGGGAGCACCACCCCUGAGGUGAAGAGGAGGGUGGAACUGAAACAGGAGGCUGACAGAAUCUCAGAGAGCCCUGACUGGCUGACCAGGUCGACUCCAUUGGCGGUACACAAUGACCCAACUGGGUCCAGACUUUCACCUCAGGAGGAGAGACAUGAACUGCAGGGCCAGUCAUCUCUUUCACCCGGUCAUUCUCCUAUCUCCAAAGACCAGAGGUCGCUUUCCAAGUUGCCCACGAAGAAUGGAUUAAUGAUGCAGGUCUGUGAGGAGAGACUCCAGUUCUCACUCAGUGAGAAUGUUAAAACAAAUGUAUUUCGGGGGGCGACAGUGAGUGAUAGCGUCAUUCUCCGCCCAUGGGGGGACCAGCACUUAGAUGGCAGUGGAGACACCAUCAGUGUAAAAGAUGUUGGAAGCAAAGAGAUGCCUGACCCCAAACCCAGUUCAGAACAGAGUCAGUCCGACGCAACUGACAGUGAACUACAUACUAUGAUCGAGCAGCCAGAAGUUACACCCCCUCAGCUUUUGGCCAACCAAGCAAUGAAAGCCAAACUGGCUCGCCUUUCCCUUUCCCUCUCCCUCCCUCCCUUGCCUCUUGCUCUACCUCUCUUCUCCAGUCCCAAGGGGUGGGUUUGGGGAGGGAGGGCUACACAGAGACAGGAGUGGGAGACGAAGGGGUGCGUCCACAGGAAGUGACCCUGAAGAAGAUGAGGAAGAAGAGCAGGAAGAUGAAGGCUCCCGGAGGGUUAUUGUUGUCACGGAAACAGACGUUGAUAAAAGGGUGGGGCUUAGGAGUCUUCUGAAGUCGCCAAGGGAGCCAGUUGACAAAGAAAAAGACAGGGGAAGAAACGUGUCCUUUUUUGAUGAUGUCACUGUUUAUCUCUUUGAUCAGGAAACUCCCAACCAGUGAGCUAAUUAGUUCCACCCCAACCAGUCCAGCUCCGGCUUCUGGCAAGAGCACUAAAUUUGAUUUACAUGGAGCAAACAGCAAAGGCAAAGACUCAAAAAGAAAAGGGGACUUGUCAAUCAAACCGCGGUCGGCCAUGGGGGCCAACCCAGUGACAUCGUCGCGUUUUACAGUCAGCCCAGCCGAUGACCCCCAUUUGGUGUGAGGCAGGGUUCUGGAAUCCUCCAAGGUUGUUCCAUAACCCCUGGAACAGGUACCCUCUGAGAUGGCCAGUGGAUUCCCAGCCCAACCAUAACCAUUCUCGGAGGCUAUUUUUUUAUCAAUCAUGCAAUUGAAAGAAGACUCCCAUUCUAGAAGCUGGACACAUUCCAGGUUUUACCAGCUACCGGUUCUUGUAUGUAAAAGGUUGUCAAUACAGUAACUCCCCCCUUUGCCACUGUAUUUUAGGAUUGAUUCAUAGACAUUGGCUGGAAGUGGUUUAUGGCAAAGGAAGUUUGUCCGAGGCCAAGAAGAUUGUGGAGCUUUGUAAAAUCUGAAAGGGAUUUGACGGCUAUGCAAUGGAGUCAUUGUGUACAGCUCACCUUUGUUUCUGUUGUCUUUUCCCUUUGUGUAUUACGGGAUGCACUUUCUUGGUUGUCUGUCUGUGUGUGAAAGCUUGGAUUGAAAUAUUUUCACUUUGUAAAAACGAUUGUCAUUGCAGUCAGUCAUGCUUCUGGGAAAGGUUGUGCAGUGAUGUGGUAAAAUAAAUAGGUGGGUAAACCCUGAUCACCCGGUCACAGUGAAAAAAGUAAUGCUCUCCAAACUUUCAAUGGAUUUUUCUGCAAAAGUAAACUGCAAACACUGUAUUUACUUGUGUCUACCCACCACUACACCACUGAAAUUGGGCCCAGAAAACAAGCUUAACUCCUGUGUUUGAGUGCUCAUUCAACAUGUCUACUGAGAUAGAAAUUCAAGUGUAAACAAUAUCAUUUUAGAGCUGCUUAAUUUAGAUGUAUUCUUAGACUGCACGAAAAUACGAUAACACCCUAUGUUAAUUUAUAGUGGGUACGAGUCUCUUUAGCUAACAUUGCACUCUCUCCUCAUACACCAUGUCAUAUGGAGUACCUGGAGUGGAAUGCCAGCUAGAUACUGGUACCCAGAGUAGUUUCUUUAUGCAUUUUCUUCUGAAAUACUGUCUUGCUAUAAUUUAUUGGAUUGCGUUUAUUUUUUAUUUUUUAUCCAUUCUGUGUAAAUAUUGUUUAUUUAUUUUGUUGCAACGGAUUUAUCUCUCAGAAUUGUUUGGGACAUAAUGUAUCUAAAUAAUACCUUCUAAAUUAAUAAUUCUUCAUAACAAAUAAAGUAAGAUAUUUUCCCAAACCUCGUAAUUAAAAAAAUAUAAUAUUUUGUAUAAUUUAAUUUCUUUAUAACUGCCACUCUGUACCUAAUGUAUGUCCUCUAACGUAUCUAUAACAAGUUUUAUUAUUUUUAUAUGAUUGCAUUUAUAGCCAUUAUCUUACUUUGUUUGACAACAAUUAAUGUAGCUUAGCAUGGUAAAAUGGAAGCCUCUCAUUGGUAAAUAUCUACAUAAAUUGAUGUAUCAGUUUAUUUACAUUCAUUUUGUACUAAUAACAUAAUGACCCAUCAUCCACUCAAGCUCCAAACAGUCCCACUUUAUUUUGUCUGUUUUAACGUUGGUUAAAAACCUGUAUUGUUUAAAUAAUGGGUUUCAUGGGAUACUGUAUAAAACCAGGGGAAAUAAAAACAACAUAAAAACUG